AUGUUAUCUGAAGAAGAAUAUCAAGAUGCUUUAUGGAAAUUCAACAACAUACCAGCAACCAUUACUGGAAAACACCGUCAAAAUCUUCGUGCUAUUUUUAGAAAAAAGAUUCAUGAACAUGAACUUGCAUCUCGUUAUUCACCAUUUCAACCAUUACACUAUCAAAAUUUUUUUAUUAAUUACAAAACCACGGAACAAACAUUAUUUCAUUUGAUCGAAAAAAUUAAAAUUUCAAAUCUAUUUACAUUAGAUACUGAAUCAAUAGGUAUACACAAACAACCAAACAAGCCAGCACUAAUUCAACUUCAAAUAAUUCUUUCAAGUUCAUUUUCAUAUGUUAUAUUAGUAGAAGUUUUUCAUCUACCACGUAUACAUCAAACAACAUUUCAAUUGAUUCAACAAUUAUUUAAUACAUUAUUCAAUUCAAAUAAAAAUAUUUAUAUUUGGGGAUCAAUUGAUGAACUUGAAAAAUUUGUUAAAUUUAAUUUAUUUUCAUCUGAUCAAAUCUAUCUAUCGAAUGAUAUUAAUUUACAAGAUGAUUUUAAAAUUUUUUGGAAUCAACAUCAUCCUCAUAAAUCAACAUUAUCAUCAACUAAUGAUAGCAUCUCGUGCAUAUGCGAAACAUGUUUAGGUAUUCAACCAAAUAACCCUUGGUCAUUACAAGAUGCCGUGGCAUUACAACUUAAUCAGUGGUUAGACAAACGUCAUUCUCGAUCACCAUUCGAUAUAGGUCUUGAUCCAACAUUAGUUCAUUUGAAUUCCAAAGAACUCACAUAUCGACAAACAAUGAUAGCAUAUGCUGCCAAUGAUUGUUUAUCAAUGCAUCAACUUAUCAUUAGUAUGAAUAGAAUCGAACAACAAGAACCAUUCAAUGAUUUAUCUAUUGAACCUGAUUAUAAUAUUUCAAUGUAUUCUGAUUCACCAGGACCAAAUGAUUUAGUUAUAUCACCAAAUGAAAAUUUCAAAACCAAUCAUUUAUCAAAUUUAAUUCAACAAAACAAUCCUGAUGUGGAAGAAAUAUCAUCUAAUGAUAAUGAACCUGAACAACAACAUCAACAAACAAUCACAAAUAUAAAUAACUCGUCGAAUAAUGAAUUUAAACAUGAACGUACAAACAUAUCCAAUGAAGAGAAACGAAAAAUUCAUAAUCGUACAUGUACUUUAAAACAAAGAAAAAAAUUAUACAAACAUGAAAUUAUAAGAAGAGGAAUCGAUCGACGAUUUACAAUUACUCAAAUAAAAAAAGUACUUCGUGAACUUACAAUUCAUUUUUAUGCUUUAAAUAUUUCAACAUCAUCGUUAACUAAUCGAACUUCAUUAUAUAUCGGCAUUAAGGAUAAACAAUUAUUAUCUACAUAUGAACAUCGAACAAGAAAUUUAUUCACUGCAGAUCAUUACAAUCGUUUGAACCAUAACCAGAGAUAUUUCAGAUCAUCUCGUAAAGAUGAUCGAUCUACAAAUUAUCUUGGUAAUGUUUCGUGUGAAUAA